AUGUUGUCCAGAAGAGUUACUAGAAUACCCCAUGCUACAAAGAAAUUCCUUCGUUGGCAAUCAACCAAUGAAUUGUCUAAAGCUAACUUAAAGAACAAUGUUAAUGCCCAACAAGCUCCAAAUAGAGCAGAUGUUUGGUCACCAACACAAGCCAGUCGUAUAGAUAUUAUUGACAAGCAUCCUUACCGUUUUGUUCAAAGAGACUUGGACAAGCAACCCCAACCUUAUGCAGCCAUUGAAUUAAUUGCACAAGAACCAAUCAGAUAUCUAGGUCAUGGUGAAAAUAUUGCCGUUUGCGAUGGUAACAAGGGUCUGACUUUACAAGGCCAUCCCAAGGUUUAUAUUAACUUGGAUCAGCCUCAAGCAGCUACCUGUGGCUACUGUGGUUUAAGAUACGCUAAGGAAGAGUUCAAGUCAUUAAUUGAAAGCCAACAAUAA